CAUCUGGAGCCGCCCUGGGGACCCAGCUACACAUUGCUACACACACAGCCAGGCACAAUGACAGCAGCUGCCUGGAGUGGCUGCAGGCAGCAGGCGGGAGCAUGAAGUGAAGGGAUCACUGCAGUGCUCAAGAUGAACUCCACCUUGGUUGGUAACCAGAGUGGGCGGCCAUUCUGCCUCCUGGCCAUUAGCUACUUGGAGACUGUCAAUUUUUGCCUCCUGGAAGUGAUUAUAAUAGUGUUUCUCACCGUGCUGAUCAUUUCAGGCAAUAUUAUAGUGAUAUUUGUCUUUCACUGUGCACCUUUACUGAACCAUCACACCACCAGCUACUUCAUCCAGACGAUGGCAUAUGCUGACCUCCUGGUGGGUGUGAGCUGUCUGGUGCCUUCUUUGUCCUUACUCCACUAUCCCAUUGUUUUGAGAGAGUCCUUGGUCUGCCAGGUCUUUGGUUAUGUGGUAUCAGUGCUCAAAAGCGUCUCCAUGGCCUCUCUGGCUUGCAUUAGCAUUGAUAGAUACAUUGCCAUCACCAAACCACUGACCUACAAUACUCUGGUCACCCCGUGGAGACUCCGCGUCUGCAUCCUGAUCAUUUGGCUGUACUCCUGUGUAGUCUUCUUACCUGCCUUCUUUCACUGGGGAAAGCCUGGAUAUCAUGGGGAUGUGUUUCAGUGGUGCGCCGACUCCUGGUACACUGAUCGCUAUUUCACUCUCUUCAUCGUGAUGAUGCUCUAUGCCCCUGCUGCUUUCAUCGUCUGCUUCACAUACUUCAAUAUCUUCCGCAUCUGCCAGCAGCACACCAAGGAAAUCAAUGAAAGGCGAGUGCGCUUCAGCUCCCAGGAUGGGGAGGCUGGGGAGGCCCAGCACUGCCCCGAUAAGCGCUAUGCCAUGGUUCUCUUCCGCAUCACCAGUGUCUUCUAUAUCCUCUGGUUGCCCUACAUCAUCUAUUUUUUGCUGGAGAGCUAUGCUGUCUAUAGAAACCACACUGCAUCCUUUUUGACCACUUGGCUUGCCAUUAGCAACAGUUUCUGCAACUGUGUCAUUUACAGUCUCUCCAACAGUGUUUUUCAGAAGGGGCUCAAGCGCCUCUCGGGAGUUGUUUGCGCCUCUUGCGCAAGACAGAGGGUAGUUAAGGACUCCUCAACCUCUAGGAGCAAAAGACCUUCCAAUGGAUGCCAUGUUUAAGGAGCAGAUCGCUGUGACUGGGAAAUGCAGGCAGUCAUGUAAAUUGCAAAAUAAGUUAAAAACAGUUUUAAGAUGUCCAGGUUAGCAAAAAGGUUUCUGAGAAAUGCUGCUGACACAAAAAUCAGGAGCGUGUAUUAUUGUUUUCACUUUAAAAUUUCAUCGUGGUGUUAGGGUAUGUGGUGUGUGACCUCCAUAUUCAUUUUAAGAAUAAAGCUGUAUCCUG